GCAUCGUUUGCUCACUGCAACUCAUUUGUCCCGAGUAUCUAACAUGAUCAACAGCGUUUGUGUUGUCUUCCUUAGUCUAUAUGCAGUGCAGUUGGUUCCAGUACUGGGGACUAAUAUUCUUUGCUUAACUCCAAUUCCCAGUCCUAGUCAUCAUAUUUGGAACCGAGCAUGGAUGGAAGCUCUAGCAGCGAGAGGACACAAUCUGACGAUCGUGUCAGCCGACGUCGAAAAGGUCGCGAAACCAAAUAUGACCUACAUUCAUCUUGAGCGCGCAUACUCCUUCCUGCAUGAGGUUGUAGACCUCGGCGAAAUGUCGAAUGCGAAUGCUUUCGGGGGGGUGCGGAGUCUGUACGCCUGGGGAACGGGAAUGUGUAAAGGAGUACUUAACUCGACCGGAAUGGAUCGCAUAAUGGAUUAUCCUGCCGAUUUUAGAAUCGACCUUGUCGUAGCUGACAUCACAUUGGGCCCCUGCAUGCUGGGGCUGCUGCAGAAGUUCGGAUUUCCUCCAGUUAUCGGAGUUACAGCUUAUAAUAAUCCGUCCUAUACACCGGACUUUAUUGGAGGAUACAAAGAAUACGCGUACGUUCCGUACGUGAUGCUGAACUAUGAUUACGACAUGAACUUUUUUCAGCGAUUGUACAAUUACGUCGUUUACAGCUAUGAUCAUUAUUAUCGCCAUCACGUGUUUCUUCCGAAGAUCGAAGAAUACAUGAAAGAAUACCACCAGGACUCACGUCUCGAGAGCGCAUCGGACUUGGAAAGGCGAGUCUUCCUGUUGCUUGUGAACUAUCACUACUCAGUAGAUUUUCCUGAAUCCGUCCCACCUAACCACAUUCCAGUGGGAGGUCUACAGGUUAUUCAACCUAAGGAAUUGCCUUCCGAUCUCAAAUUAUUCAUCGACGCAGCCCCGAAGGGAGCAGUUCUUUUCUCACUGGGUACCAAUGUUAUGAGCAGUGGUCUUGGAACCGAUACCAUUCGGAUGUUGCUGGAAGUAUUUCUUCAACUUCCUGAGUAUCAUUUUCUGUGGAAAUUUGAAACCAAUAUGCAGCAUGAUCUACCGCGAAAUGUUAUGAUCAAACAAUUCCUGCCUCAGAAUGAUAUCCUGGCGCAUCCAAACAUCAAGGCCUUCAUCACCCACGGUGGAAUGCUUAGCACACACGAAGCCACCUGGCAUGGGGUUCCUAUGGUUGGAAUUCCUUUCAUUUGCGAUCAAUAUAGAAAUCUGUACAAAUCUGUCCGUGCCGGAGUCGCCCUCGGGCUAGAUCAUAAGUCGUUAACGGCAGGAAAAGUUCGAACAACUCUGAAGGAAAUUUUGGAAAAUCCAUUCUACAAAGAAAACAUGCAGAUUCGCUCGUCACUCUUUCGUGAUCAAUCAGAACAUCCCCUAGAUCGCGCCAUCUGGUGGAUGGAAUGGGCCAUUCGUCACCCGAAUUCCAAGCACAUUCAGUCGCCCUCCAAAUGGAUGGGCACGUGGCAAAGUAAUCUAUACGAUGUGAAACUGUUUCUGAUCGUUGGAUUUGUACUGCUUGGCAUAUGCGCCAAAAAUUGGCUGGAGAAGAUAAUAUCUAUGUUUACCGGACAAAACGAACUAAGUGAAGACAAAAAACAAAAUUGAUAAUAAAACGAGUCCAGUAACCUGCAGUUGUUAUCUCUUCCACCAAUAAUUCUACGCUCGUGCCCACAAUCUUCACAGUGUUUGAGCGAAGCGGUAGGUAAACUUAUUAUGUGACGAAAAGUAUCUCAUUAUAAAAAUUUUCCAAAGUUGACACGCGUGUGCCCAAAAACGGGUGAAUGGGAGAGAAUAUACAUGAUAAGAUAGCAGGAACUUAACUAGCAACAGCUGAUCUUGUUAGACUUUCUCAAACAGUGUCUCAUGAAAAUUCGUGACAAGCCACGGUUGUUUUGAUUCUCUCAUACUUCUGCUGUGAAUUUGUCAUUAAUUAAUGUGGUGGUGCUAUGAAGAAGUGUUUUGAAUUUCGCAAAAAUUAAACACGGCUGAAUAUCAGUUCUCGGCUCGAACAUUUCAUAUAUUUUCUUUUAAAUUGUUUACUGACAUUAUAAAUUAAAGAUUCUAAGCAUAAUUG